AUGCCAGGCAUCCUGCCUAUGAAGGUCAUCAAGGUGGGCAAUAGCGCUCAAAGCCGCAUUGCCCAGGCCUGUGACCGGUGCCGCAGCAAGAAAAUUCGUUGUGAUGGCGUUCGUCCGACUUGCUCACAAUGUGCCAAUGUCGGCUUCGAGUGCCGGACCAGCGACAAGCUGAGUCGCCGGGCCUUUCCCCGUGGAUACACAGAGUCGUUAGAGGAGCGAGUUCGGCAAUUAGAAACCGAGGUCAGAGAGCUCAAAGACCUCUUGGACGAAAAGGACGAGAAGAUAGAUAUGCUUUCCGCCAUGCACGGCAACCACCAUCGCCAACCAUCACUCACAUCUGUCUCCAACACACUGCCGUCGCCAGACGCCUCCAAGGACAGUCCCGCAUCUACUGCCAAGGAGGAUACUUUCCGCGUGCAAGGCUCGCCGUUGCUUUUUGGCGUCGAGAAUUCAGAUUCCUACUUCAUGGGUCCGUCCAGUGGCCGUUCAUUUAUCAGAUGCGCGCAAUUGACUCAGGAAGAACCUAGCCAGGUCUCCCGCCUACCUCCUCGCAUCUUUUCCGACCGGUGUGUCAACGUCUACUUCCAGGAGUGGGCACCACUGUUUCCGGUUUUGCAUAAGCCUACCUUUCUUCGCAUCUACGAAGAGUUCGUGGCCGAUCCCGAAAAGGUCAAGUGCCAUCACAAAAUCGCCCAGCUGCAUCUUGUUUUUAGCAUUGCCGGCGUCUCAUCUGAACAACCCGACUACCCGCAACUGGCCGCUUGUGAAAAGCAGUGGGCCAAAGCUAUUGAAUCGAUGGUUCUGCAGAACACUAUGAGCACGCUCCAGUGUCUCAUCCUUGCGCUCCUGUAUUGCGCGGUUAGGGCAGACAAUAAGCGAGUCCAGCACUUCAAGGGGCUGGCCAUUGGGCUGUCGCACCGACUCGGGCUGCAUCAGAGCCAAAAGCGGUUUUCUUUCGGGGCCUUGACUUUGGAGACGAGGAAAAAGGUGUUUUGGACUCUUUAUACUCUUGACUGCUUUACUGCUGCUACCCUUGGGCUGCCAAAAAUGCUCAGGGAGGACGACAUCCACACGGAAUAUCCAUCUGAUACAGAUGAUGAAUACAUUACCGAGAAGGGAUUUCAACCUACAUUGCCGGGAGAACAUACUAGAUUGUCCAGCGCCCUGGCUCUUUUCCGGGCCACUCGGAUCAUGGCAGCAAUUUUGGAAAAGAACUAUCCUGCAGUGGCCAACCAUGAGCUCUCUCUUCAACAAAUGACUAGUUUUGAGGCGGAUCUUGAUGCUUGGUACGACGAAUUACCCGCGCAUUUACGACUGAACUUCUCUCAAGACAAGCCAUCAACAGACGUGACUGGAAGCAGAUCUCCCAUCCUGGCCUUGGCGUACUAUCAUAUCCGAACCCUAAUCUAUCGUCCCGCUGUUGGCUCUAGCCUUGGUGCGAAGGCCGCACCCGCCCUCAUUUCCAUUGCGGACUCCAGCAAGCGAAUCAUUCAAAUCGUUCAGCUGCUCGAGGAGAGAAACAUGAGCUUCUCGUUCUGUCUCAAUAAAUUUGACCUCCUGGCCCUCUGCGGCCUGACGCUUCUCUACCAGGUCGUCGAUCUGAAGGCGGACAGUAAAUUGAGCCGCGACAUUGAGAAACUUGUCAACUUUGCUAUCAAGUCGAUGAGUCAAGCCAAGGCUCCGGGAUGCAUCGAUCUGGCCCGCAUUGCAGCCAAUCUUAUCCGGGUUGACGAACAUCCAAGCCCUCUUCCACCUCAAGCACCAAUGGCGGCACCAUCACAGCGUUCGUCCUCAAAAGGCUCGAAAAAGAAAUCAGAACUUCAACAGGAGCACGACGGAAUGCGUCGCAUGACCAUGCCCAAUACCCAUACCCAUACCCUGGAAACAGAGUUUUAUCCUCGAUCGCGGCAGUCCUUUGAUAGCGUCACCUCUUCUGAGGCAUCGACCAACUACCAAGGCCACCGUUUGUCAGUAGUAACACACCCAAAUAGCAUUAGCACUAACACUCCGAUAUCCCGCGUCAUUCCCAAUCUUGAUUAUUUGUCCCUGAACAACACCCCAUCCCAUACUGGUGCGUCUUCACCCGCUGGGAAAUCCCGCAUGCAGACGCCAGGAUUGUCAGUAUCGCCAUCCGGUCAAAUGAUGGCCGUCGUCGACCCUACAGCAAAGAUGGCGGACGUGUGCAGUUCUGAAUGGGAGGCGCUGCUCGGAUCGAUGGAUAACAAUGUUUACGAUGCCAUCUAUGGUGGUGCAGGCCUCCCAAGUGAGACAGUACCCGCGAACUCGAACAGUGCUGGUGCUGAUUGGUCGCCAGAGUCUUGGGACGUGAGCAGCAUUAACGUUGGUGACUUUGGACGGAAUCCGGAGCCGCCACAAAGCGUGCUUAGCAUGAGUGACGAAAGUUUGAGCUCUGGCGAAGAAGUUGCUCCGUCAGAGUUGGGCCUUAGCGUGGGAAGCGCAGAAUUCAAUAAAUUGCACAUGCCAGAAGCCUAUGGCUUCGACCUCGAGGGAUUUCCUUUCCGCCCUAUCCGAGACUGGUCGCUCAAGGACGACGCAGGCCACAUUGUUGUCGUCAAGAUGGCGGAUGAGAAGGAUGCGCUGCUGCAAGGGGGCGACACGUCAUGGGAUAUUCCAGAGGCCCCGUGGGCAACCGCCCUUCCGUCCAAGCGAGAUCCCGCGCGCUUCCUACCGCAGGCCAUCGCGCAUAGAGGGUACAAGGCCUCGUGGCCGGAGAACACGAUGGGUGCCUUCAAGGGCGCCGUCGAGGCUGGCGCGCACGCGAUUGAGACGGAUGUGCAUCUGUCCAGGGACGGAGUAGCCGUGCUGUCGCAUGACGCAACCCUCACUCGGUGCUUCGGGAUAGACAGGAAGCUAGCCGACUGCGACUGGGAAUACCUGUCCACCGUGGAAACGCUCCGCGAGCCGAAGCAGGGCCUGCCCCGGCUCCAGGAUCUGCUAGAAUGGCUCGUCGAAGCAGACAAGCUGCAAGGCGACGAGCACAGCCAUCGGCCCUGGGUCCUGCUCGACAUCAAGGUCGGCCGUCAUCCUCUGCAUACUCCUCCCAGAAAAUGUACAGCACACCAUCUGACCGUAGGGAAACAGCUCGACGACGACCCCCAAGACCUGUUGGACGCCAUCAGCAGCGCCAUAGCCCAAGUCCCCCCCUCAACACCAUGGCAGAGCCGCAUCGUCCUUGGAUGCUGGAAUGCCUCUGUGCUCAAAGCCUCACGUAGAACCCUGCCGGACUACCCCGUCGCCCACAUCGGCUUCUCGCUCUCGUACGCGCGGCACUUCCUGCCCAUCCCCAACAUGGGCUUCAACAUGGCCUUCCACACGCUCGUGCGCCCCUACCAGGGGCGGCGGUUCAUGCAAGACGUGCGCGCGGCGCGGCGCCCGCUGUACGCCUGGACCGUCAACCACCCGCGCUGGAUGCGGUGGUGUAUCGAGCGCAACGUGCCUCGGCGGCCCGGGUCCGGCGCGGGCGGCAGGGUCGUGGACGGCGUGGUGACGGACGACCCCGGGCUGUAUCUCGACGUGUGCCGGCGGUACGAGGACGAGGUGGACGACGGUGCGCCGGGGCGCCACCGCAGCUCGGUUAGGCAGACUGUUGCGCUGGCCGUGGACAUUGUCACGAGGCAUCUGCUCGCCAAGCUGUUCUUUUGGUACAGGAAGCAUGUCCAGGGCAAGUUGGAUGACUUGGAUCGCAAGACGAAGCGACAGAUAAAGAGGGACUAA